GUGCCUAGGGGAAGGUAAUUGAUUAGUUGAUGAGCCAAUCGAGUUCGAAGCGGAAAACACACUUACCUUGCAGACAAUCCCUGACCAGACCGACAAGAAUGACAGCGAGGGUGCUUCACAAAGUGUUUGUCUACGGGACGUUGAAGAGGGGCGAGCCGAACCACCAUUGGUUCGCCAAGUCGCCAGAGGGACACCAUCAGUUCCUCUAUAGAGGCCACACUAAGGAGAAAUUCCCUCUUAUCAUUGCCACCGACUAUAAUGUGCCUUUUUUGCUCUAUGCCCCUGGCAAAGGCCAUCGGGUCCAAGGCGAAGUUUACGAAGUGGACGACGCGGUGCUGAAGAAUCUGGAUAUUCUGGAAGACCAUCCGAGUUUCUACCGACGCGAAGAGUUCGAGGUGGAGCGGGACGAUGGGCGUGAACCAAAGAGCGAUCGCGUAUGGAUCUACUCGAUCAGAGAGUUCAGAAAAGAGCUGCUCAACAAGCCCUGUCUGGAGAGCUACAGCGACCAGGGCAGCCAUGGACUCAGAUAUGUGGAGAGGUACUUGCGAGACCGCAGCUUUGACAUCAGAACGGCGGUGCUGGAUCAGUAAUUGAGCCCUUUUUUGCUUGUUUACAGCGACGAAUCUUCGAUAGGUGAUUUGUUGUAAAUUGCAGGGGCGGAUCCAGCUUUAAAUUCAGGGGGGGGGGGUUAUGUAGGAAAAAAUACAGUCUUCUGUUGUCUAUGAAAUUAGAAAAA